CAUCCAUGCAGUAAUUCAAAGCAAAAUGGCGAUCCCCACUUCGCACCAUCUAGGAGGGGCCCAGUUGCGCUCCCUAGAAAAGGUCUUGGAAGAUGCUCACAUGACUGGAAUAUUGAAUUUAGGUGGCAGGAAUAUGAGAGACUUCCCUAAGAGUGUUGAUAAGUUCGAUUUGAUGGAUACGCUGGAUGUAGAUAUUUCAAAGAACAGAUUUACAGAAGUACCGGAUGAAGUGUGCGAAUAUCUUUCUUUGGAGAGACUAAACUGUUACAAUAAUGCCAUCAGAAUCGUUCCAGAGUCGUUUUCUAGGUUACUAAUGCUUACAUAUUUAAAUUUAAGUCGGAAUUCACUGUCAGCUCUACCCAUAGAGAUAUGUGAAAUCUACCUAGAAGUCUUAAUAGUCAGCAAUAAUAAGUUAGUAGCGUUACCCCCUGCAGUCGGAAAGAUGAAGACGUUAAUGCAUCUAGAUGCCAGCUGUAAUGAAUUAGACACAUUACCGAUGCAGAUCGGAGACAUGGUGUCAAUGAAGGAGCUCAACCUCAGAAGAAACCACCUAGUCCACUUACCAGAAGAAAUCAGCAGGCUGAAUCUGGUGAUGCUGGACGUGUCGUGUAAUAAGAUCAGUUUCAUCCCACCCUCUUAUCGUCAUAUCCACUCGCUGGACGUCUUAAAGUUGGACCAUAAUCCUCUGGAGAUGCCGCCAGCUCAGGUCUGUACAAGAGGAAAAGUUCACAUCUUCAAGUAUCUCAGUAACAUAGCAACAAAAGAUGAGAAGAGGCGAGGGCAGGAGCAGAACGAGAGAUUGUCUAGACAGUCGCUCAAUAACGCUAAAUUCACUUGGCUAACGACGCACGAAGUAGCCACACGCUUUGGCUCCUCCCACAACACCAACACCACCUCCACCAACCAUCAUCACCAUCACCAAGACGAUGCGACUAAACAGGGGCAUCAGUCGGUCGUUCUCAGCCCCUCCACGCUCUCCGCCCAGUACUCUAAGGGGCACCCGGGCACUAACGGCGCUGUUAGUGUUGUGGAAGAUUUUGCCUUCUGGAAUGCCAAGAUUGGUGAACUAAGAAGAGGAACGCUGACAGCCGACUCGGGAUAUGUAGAUGGUGACAAGAGAUGGUCUGCAACAGAGCCGUCCAACGACGACGAAGAAGCCAGAAUUCUUGCUGAACGAGCCAAUCAGCAAAAAGAGCACAGACAGCAGCGCGAGGAGCUGCUCAACCAAUCCUUUGGCUCCUUCAGUGGGGACAACGAGGGCGACAUUGAUUACAUAGACACGGGCGAGGACGUGAUGGAAGACGGUGAGAUCACGCCGACGCAGAAAGAGCCUGAUGAGUUUACGAAGGCACUCACACGGCAGAAGGCAAUCUACGAAGACCAGAAACUCAAGGCAAGAGAGGAACGCAUCCGACACGAGCAGGAGGAACGGAGGCGGAAGCUUGAAGAGGAGGAGAGAUGGAAAGCCGAGAGAAGGCGUGAAGCGGAGCAGGAGAGAUACAGAAGGUCGUCACCGUCUGGUAGUACGACGUCACUCCAGUAUAACGGGUCAAACAGCAGUAGGGGCAUCGAGAGGAGAAACAAACCCAGACCCUUGUCAUCCUCUUCCUUUAACGAGAGCCUGAGAAGACCGACCUCCUUGGAGAUUUCGCAGACUAAGAGACCGGCACGGAGGGCGACGGUUAAUGUUUCUGAUCCUUACACUAGACCAACAUCCAAUCACUCCAGCACCUUACCGAAUGGGCGGCUGCCGUCAGUAGACGACAGUCACAGGCAGUUACAGCGAACAGAAAACAUCAAGUCGGUAUCGUCCUCGUCGCUACCAUCGUCGCAGCCGCCUCCGGCGCCAUCGCAACCAGACAGCGGGAUCUCGCAGAGCCGCCACGAGGCGCAGCUUGCGAGAAGACGGCAGGAAGAGGAGAAAGCACGGAUGAAGCUGAUGCAGAAGAGCGCCCUCAGGAACUUUGUACAGAGUCGGACGCCACCAUCGCCACAAAAUUCUUCCGCUCCAGAAGACCUAGACCCCCAAAGGGAAGCAAGCCCGGGCAAUGCUAAGUCACCCCCACCCCCUGUGUCUUACAGUGGAUCGGCCUUUGGCAGCAUCAAACCAAGAUCGGCAUUCAGCAUAGGUGGAGGGAAACCAAAAGGGGAGGUUCAGCCAAACUUCACCGUCAAACGAGAAAUGAAUAAGUACAGGGAGGAGAUGGAUCGCAUUGAACAUCUCAGAAAGUUGAAACCCAACUGGAUGAGUAGUUAUGGAUCCGUGUCAGAUCUUAACACAAUAGAGCAAAUGCGAAAGUGCAUUGAGACAAGGUUAAAGGUCAACUUGCCAGAUGACAUCCCGGCUGCCCUAGAGGACGGGGUCGUCUUGUGUCACUUCAUGAAUAACGUGUUCCCCCAUGCUGUACCUACCAUCCAUGUCCCUUCACCCGCAGUGCCUAAAUUGACGUCUGCAAAAUGUAGGAGGAAUGUUGAGAAUUUCCUGAAGGCCUGCUCUACGGCGGGAGUAACAGAGGAGAAGUUAUGCACAGCUGGUGAUAUCUUAGAAGGAAAGGGACUAGUUAAGGUUGCGUCUACUGUACAGGCAUUACUCACUAAUACAACACAACCCAAGAUGUCAUCGGCAGUAUGAUUGAUACAACUACUUCAAUUGGACCUUGUCAACAAAGUCGAUCGGUUUUGUUUUUGUUUUUGUUUUUUGACUCAAAGUUCAAUAUUUUUGCUGGACCCAAUUUCAUAAUGUUUUUUUGAGAUAUGGCGAACAGUACAAUGACUCUUUUAGGUUUAGGUAAAUUUGUCUGUGUUCACCAAAACCAAACCAUACAGUACACUCCUAAAGUGUCUGCCAUAUCUCAACAAGGCUAAUUGAGCUGCUUUAGCAGGAGAUAUUGCUAAAAGGAACAAUACAGAAUUGGUUUUGCUAACAAAAUAGUUGCUGGCAAU